CAGGUAUCACAUACUGGAUUCACUCUGCUCCACAGCUCUAUCACCAGAUUAGGGUGCAGCAGGUAUCACAUACUGGAUUCACUCUGCUCCACAGCUCUGUCACUGGAUCCAGGUGCAGCAGGUAUCGCAUACCGGAUUCACUCUGCUCCACAGCUCUGUCACCGGAUAAGGGUGCAGCAGGUAUCACAUACUGGAUUCACUCUGUUGCACAGCUCU